AUGACACGCACCUUGCUAUUUUGUGUUGCGGACGAGGCCAAGCCUUUCAUACCUAAGGCCUUGCGCGAAUUUAGUACAGAGAAGGAAGCCCCUCCUCUGUACUAUCUUGUUGAAUCGGAUAUCUGCCCGGACAAGCGAGAGGGGUUUAGAAUUGAAUUGCAAGACGGCGAGUCUUUCGAUUCAGAUUUCAUCAACGCCUCUAAAGAGCAAUGCCGAAAUUGGGCACUAGAGAAGUGGUACAAAGCUAAAGUUAAAUUUAUUGAACAGAAUGUCAUCGCUAUCGCAGAUGAGCGAAGUGCUCGAGACGGGAGUCUACUUAUGAGCUUCUACUACCCGGAAGUUAGCCCGGAAGAGCCUACAUUCGAAUUUKACGGAUGGGGACCUCUCCCUCCAAAGGCCAAUACCUGGUACGACUUCAGAAUUGAUCAUCGUGCAGCUGAUGCGUUCCAUGGCUCUCUUAUGUGGUCCCCACAGGACUCUGCCUAUCCGAUCUACUUUGGACGCCCAGAGAAAUUUACGGAUGAAACUGGCAUCUUCGAUGUGUUCAAAGCGGUUAAAUGUAUGAAUGGCGAAGACAGUGACGAGGAUGAAUAG